AUGCGUUUUCAGGUGGGUCUCACUAAUUAUGCGUCCGCAUAUGCAACCGGUUUGCUGUUGGCUCGACGCCAUUUGACGAAAGUGGGUCUGGCAGAAACAUACAAGGGUGUAGAAGAAGUAACCGGCGAGGACUACAAUGUGGCCGAUGUGGGGACUUGUUCGCCGUUCCGGGCGGUUCUCGACGUUGGCUUGGCUCGCACUGUCACCGGUGCUAAAGUUUUUGCUGUGAUGAAAGGUGCUGCGGACGGGGGUAUCGAUAUUCCGCAC